GUCAUGUAUUUGGGUCAUGUGACAUCCAACUCCCGACGAACUGAAACUGAAACUAAACUUACCAGAGGACAUUUUCAUACUGAAUCUGCACAUUGACUUUAUUCUGUUGAAAUGGGAUUUGGGAACAUACUCCUGUUAACACAAGUGAUAGCAUAUCUGGUCUCAUUUAUUGUGUCAUUCUUCAUAUUUAUACCAAUCGCUACAAAUGUAAAGGAGUUCAAUGGACAUUGUUUACUUUAUGCUGAUGGAACGUUUGACAACAAAACUAAAGAACUUAAUCACAUUUCUUGGGGGAGAGACAGUGCUUGUGGUUUCAAUAUAUUCAUGGGUGUUAUUGUUAUGUUAUUAUCCCUGUUCUACAUGGUGUGGGAAUCAGUUUAUCUCUUCAAAAACAUAGAUGGGUCAUGGUUGGAUUGUUUUGUCACAGCUCUAGUGAGUCUACUGGUUUGUCUGAUGUUGUUUGGCUCAUCCCUUACACUGAGUGUUGGCUUUAAUGAAUGGUGUGGUUUGAUAAGUAACGAAGGAAUAAAUUGUGAAAUUGGAGACUUUGUGACAUUUAUUGAAGAAAAAGACAUAAAUACAUCUAACUUUUUCUUGGAAAUGAUGAUGGCUCAGUUCUGUACCUGGAUCUGUUGGAUUUGUUGGGUUGUCUUAUCAGUUGUAUCUGUCAUCAAAGUUUACAGAUACCAUCAACAAGAGUCAUUCACCAUUAGUAUGAACAGGGAACGGGAGAGACUGUUGCAGAGAGCAGGACAUCGCCAACCUGUUGUCAUGUAGGAUUUUGCAGCCUGUGUUUAUAUACAAUAUUACAGGGUAUACCCAAAUGCCAAUAUAGGUUGCUUAAGAAUCAAGUUGUAUAUAAAGUCAAACUAUAUAAAAAAAAUAUUUAUAGCUUCCACAAUUUGCAAUUGUAUGAAAUAUGGCAUACCAAACUGAUUUUAUAUAUCAUAACAUACUUGAAAAUACUCUAGAAAUGAACAAAGCUUAGUGCAUGAAAGUUAAUUAAGGUACUGUCAUCAGUGAAAUGUAAAGUAGCUGUAAUAUUUGUGGUCCAGUGAAAUGUACAGAAACUCUUCAUGAGUAAGAAUCUUCUUUGAAUCUUCUGUUAGUUGAGCUCUUGACUAGUAGUAGAACUGCCUACAGUAGAUUCUUUUAUUUUCGUGUUUAUCAAUUUUUUGUGGAUUGAUGAAAAAUUGUAUUUUUUGUGGAUAUUUGAUUUGGUGGUUAUGUUAUUGCCAGCAUACAAGCAUAUAAAAAUUGGUACACUGUUGAAAAUUUAAAUUUGUUUCAUUUACCCACAAAAUCUGUCAAAAAAUUGGUAAACCAAGAGUAAUUAUGAAUCCACAGAAUAUUCAUCAUGUAGUAUGUAGUAAUUUAAACAGAACAAACAGGUAGAUAAUAUCUGUAUUCAGAUAAUUUAAUUUACUUGAUAAUAACUAAUGGAGCACACAAUCACGACCUUCGUAGGAACUUUAAGAGUCUGUCUAUUCUUGAUUUUGUGUCUUGACUGUCCUCAAGUUAUUUAUAGAUCUUGAUUCCUAAAUUUGAACUUGAAACCAAGACAAUCUCAAAUUUAAAGGUCAUCUUUUUGUGAAUUUGUCUGAUAAUCACUGACUGUUCUAACAGUUUAUAAUGUAAUAGAUUUUUUUAUGCAUAAAAGGUAAUUUAUUUUGCAUGCAUUUACUUUACUCGAAUUAUUUAUCAUGAGUUAUCUCCCUUAAUGGAUCAGUUUUCAAAUGUAUGUUUGAAUAAUAAUUACAAAACAAAAUAGUUAUUGCUAACAGUCAAUUUGUAAAGCUACAUUACUACCUUAAGAUAAGUUAUAAGAAACAAAAGAUGGUUAUAUAUUGUCUGUACAGACAUAAAAACAUGGUUGUCAAAUCACCAUGGGUGUUGUGGGAGCCGCAUUAUUAAAGAACAGUAAAUUAAAAUCUACCUCUGAAAACUACUCUUCUGAUAUUCCUAUAUUCUGAAGCAAAAUCUCCCUCUUCGAAGAAAGUAAUCUCUCUGUUUUCAAAUAUAAAAAACCACACUUUUAUGAAAGGAAUCAUCCAGAGUAGAAGAAGGCAUACUCCAACUUUACAAAGGCAAUUUCACAUUCCGAGGAAAGCUAUCUCCCUCUUUAAUGGUAAUGCAAUAUAUUUAUUUCACCCUAUUUCAUCGUUUUUUUCUGACAAAUCAUGAUCAUCAUCAUAGCAUAGUUUGUUUACACAAUAAAGAAUAGCAAACCUUUCCAUAAUAUUGUUUUGUUAAUGAAAAGUCCUUAAAAAGAUAUAAAUAUUUAUUGUAUUAUUUUUUAAAUGCUAGUGACCACUGGUUGUUUACAUUAUCACAUUGAUCUUAUAGAAAAUUCUGUUUAUAGUUUAUUAAAGUCUUUUAUUUCAUUUGUUUAUAUCAGCAAUGUCUCUGACAAGUUCAAAAUUUAGGACAGAUCAAUCAUUUUUAAAACUCUGGGAAAUAUCAGUAACUUGGAAAUUUGCUUUGCAAGUGCCAUAACAUGUCCAUUCUUGCCAAACUUUUUUAUUAAUUUAUAUCAAUGUUUUAUAUAGGAAAUGGCUUAAAAACAAAGCCUGUAAAGAGUUAUCUACCUUGGAAAAAUAUUAAUUAUAUAAAAAAUUGCUUUGUAAGUGCUUUCCAGCCUACAAUUCUAUAAACAAAUUAUAGAAAAAGCUUUUGACAGAUAAAUAUCUUUGCAAAGAGGGACAUUGGCACUCUUACUUUUAUUAAAUAACAUAUGAUGUUAAUUUGACCUGUAAAUGGCUUUUUUGUUUUGUUGCUUUUACAUUGAUAUGUUGUUAUUCGAGUAAUUUUGAAACUCAAUUGCAAGAAAUUUAUAUCAUAGUUGAAAAUAACAAUUAGUAAGUCAUAAUUAUAUUUCAGUAAAAUAUGAGCUGUAAAGUUUAUCAUUCAAUUGACAUUGAAAACUUAAUCUAUUAAGAAUGGAGAACAGCAAUGAAUAAUACUUAGAUAUAUUGGUUGUGUUCUAGUAUAUCACGGCAAGAAUUUUACCAUAAAAAUGUACUUAAUUAUGUCCCAUGGCCAAAUUAAUUCCCUCAAAAAGGAUGCAAGGGCAAUGCUGGGAUUGAGCUUUAUUUUUGUAUAUUUGAUCCUUUGAUUCACUAUGCCAUUUUUGUUCUUGUUCUGUAUCAAAAUAUAAUUAUUCUACGCUUUAUAGAGAUCUUAUUUGCCGAUUUUUUUUUACAUUUUAUAUAUUUCUAUUAUAGUAUUAUUUUGUAUAUAUUUAUUGUAUAAUUAUUUUUUACACCGGUAAUUUGAUUUUAUCAUUAAUGCUAUUGUGCUCUUCAAACAAGAUCUGUUUAUCCACAGUUUAUAUUUAUACAGCUUAAUCUGACUAAAUAUUAUGGCCAUAAUAAUUAUCUCCCUUUGUAUAAAAAAUAUAUACCUUUUAGGGUAUGGGUUUUUUCAACUGAACUGUGUUCAACUUUGUUAUCACUUAUAAUAAAAUCUUUAUUACACAAAACAAUGUACCAGGUUACGGUUUUAUGUGCUUAUAUUGAUAAUAGCAAAAGAUUGUUAUAAUAUUUAAAGUUGGUUUUAUUAAAAAAAAUCAUAAAUAUAA